CAAAACAACCCAACCCAGAACAAAGAGCUUUCUUUUACGAAAUCGUAAGAUUUUUUUUAAUGGCGGGUAUUGGUAAAGCGGUUCCGGAAUUCCAGGACUUGUUGCCGGUGAUGGCGGAGAAGCUUGGCGGAGAAGGGCUGAUGAGGGAGCUGUGUAACGGGUUCCAACUGUUGAUGGACAAGGAGAAAGGGGUGAUCACGGUGGAGAGCUUGAAGAGUAACGCGGCGGUACUGGGGUUGCAAGAUUUGAGACACGACGAGCUCGUCAGCAUGGUGGAAGAAGGCGACACCGACGGCGACGGAGCCCUCAGUGAGAUGGAGUUUUGCGUGUUGAUGUUCAGAUUAAGCCCUGAAUUGAUGGAAGAGUCCCAGUUAUUGUUGGAGGAGUUUCUUCAAGAAGAGCUCAAAUCUGAUACAUUCUAUUAGGAUUUUCUUUUUUCUUUUCUAAUUUAUUAUCAAUA